ACACACACUGGCGGCGCGAGCAGCGGAGACAAGUGAAGUGACAUUUCUGAGGCGGCUCGAACUGGGAAGACAUGUCACCGUCCCCUGUCACCGUGUGUCCACUAACCAGACUAGCCUGCCUGCUUCUCGGUACUCGGUAGUUAUUCGCUACACUACAGGGGAAAAAAAAAAAAAAACAGUAAAAUAUUUUAACCCCACAUCUUUUAUCCCGCGCUCGUUUCAUCCACACACCACCGCUGCUAGCUGCUAACGCAGGCUACACUGACAUCCCUGUGUAGCACGGAGGAACCCAUACAUGGAGAAGACCAAACGAGUGGCCAGCUCCUCAGGCCAUGAAGUAAACGCCUAGCCACCACACCUUCUUGGUUUCCCCCUUUAUUUCACCUCUGGAGUAUAAAAACUUCUCAAGCAGCCCCUCCAGACAGGGGGACAGAAGAAAGCAUUUCUGUCCAGCCACAAACUCUCACACACACCACCGACCUGUCGACCACCUCCACCUCCCCGCUGCACAGGAAGCAUGGGCAGAAAAAAGAUUCAGAUUCAGCGGAUCACAGAUGAGCGCAACAAGCAGGUGACGUUCACCAAGCGCAAGUUUGGUCUCAUGAAGAAAGCGUAUGAGUUGAGUGUUCUGUGUGACUGCGAGAUUGCCCUCAUCAUCUUCAACCACACCAACAAGCUCUUUCAGUAUGCCAGCACAGACAUGGACAAGGUGCUGCUCAAGUAUACAGAGUACAAUGAGCCACAUGAGAGCCGGACCAAUGCUGAUAUCAUUGAGACCUUACGAAAGAAAGGCUUUAAUGGCUGCAACAGUCCGGAGCCUGAUGGAGAGGACUCCAUCGACCAAAGCCCACUGAAUGACGACAAGUACCGCAAGCCAAAUGAGGACCUGGACGUCCUUUUCAAACGAUACGGCUCUACAGUCCCAGCCCCUACUUUCUCAAUGCCAGUCACAGUCCCAGUAUCCAGUCAGAAUGCACUACAGUUUAGCAAUCCCAGCGGUGCCCUGGUUACCACGUCCUUUGUGACAUCGUCUCUGUCGGACCCGCGCCUCUUAUCACCACAGCAACCAGCUCUACAGAGGAACACAGUGUCUCCAGGGUUACCACAGAGACCGGCCAGCGCAGGUGCUCUUCUGGGAGGUGACUUGAACAACUCAAAUGGUGCAUGUCCAAGUCCAGUUGCAAAUGGGUACAUCAGCGCCAGGGCCUCCCCAGGUCUUCUCUCUGUCUCCAAUGGCAACAGUCUGGUUAAAGUAGUUCCGGCCAAGUCUCCACCUCCGCCUAGCCCUCAGAUGGUGAACAGCCGUAAGCCAGACCUGCGGGUUAUCACCUCACAGAGUGGCAAGGGCCUGAUGCAACUGACGGAUGAGGAGCUGGAGCUGAAUGCUCAGCGAUUGGGUGGCACUCAGGUGACACAGCCACUCACCACUCCAGUGGUCUCUGUGGCAACACCUAGCCUCUUAAGCCAGGGACUGCCCUUCUCUGCCAUGCCAACUGCCUACAAUACAGAUUACCAGUUGACAAGUGCUGAUCUUACAGCACUCCAGGCUUUUACGUCGCCGGGUGGCCUGUCGCUAGGCAACAUGUCGACUUGGCAACAGCAGCCGCAGCCGCAGCAGCCACAGCAGCAGCAGCCUCAACCUCAGCCUCAGCAGCCAUCUGUAUCCCAGCAACAGCAGCAACAACAACAACAGCAGCAGCAACAGCUCAGUCUGGCUUCACUCAGUAAUUUAGUCAUGUGGGGCGUGGACAAACAGAACGUUGACAUGUCUAACUGCAUCUCCAGUUUUGCUGCAAACAUAAGGCCUGUGGGUCAUAUACCUCAGGGUGCCACGCUGACAGUAAACACCAGCUCCAGUGUGAGCAUUAAGUCUGAGCCUGUGUCACCCAACCGGGACCGCAGCACACCCUGCUCGUCGUCAGGCGGCACACUGACGUCCAUGACACAAUACCAUGGAGCCCUGCGCCCAGAGCCCACUGGCCGCUCUCCCGUCGACAGCCUGAGCAGCAAUGGCAGCUCCUACGAGGGCAGCGACCGUGACGACGGGGCCCAGCCACGAGCACCUGACUUCGGCUCCACCAUGCCUCUUUUGCGGCCUGCAGGUGAAGGCGAACAGGAAGGUGCCAGUGUCAAGCGGAUGAGAUUGGAUGCCUGGGUCACAUAAGAGCAAACUUCAAGAACAUAGUCCUUAUACCCCCUCCUUGCCACAAUCUCUCUUCACUACCAACACUCACAGACAUGCACACAGACACAAACGCACUCUCUCUGUCUCUCUCACACACACACACACACACACACACACACACACACACACACCUCUCUCAUGGACUGAACCACCAAACCAGGGAUUAACUGUUUAUAUAUGGAGUUUUAGUGGAUUUAUGGAAUUAGAUGGCAGCAAGUCAUGGAACUUCAUUAUUUUUUUUUUUUUUUAAUUGAGUGCAUCCUUCUGAGCAGAAGAACGUGGGAACCUCUGGUUGCUGGCUUCAAGGACAAAGUGGUGUUGUGGAUGAACGAAGGACAACGGGCUUUUCUUGCUUUAUUUCUAGCUCUGUGUAGUGUUGACUCUGUUCUUCAGUAUUUCACAGUUAAUAAUUUGGGGUGUUCUUUGAAUAGAAACAUGCUGUAGUUCAGCAGCAGGACUAUCAGUUUAUUAAUCCUUUGCAUUAGCCUCAUGCUGGCUCUAGUUUUCACACUUAUUCAUGUUUUCUCCCCCCAAAGUGCAAAAUCAGUUUUCCCCAUAACGACUUCUAUGAACAAGAUCCUUUGACUUGCUGGUGUCCACCUCAGCUUGCAGUCACAGAAACCCACAAUACCACUACAUCGUUCAUGGGAUAAUCUGAGUUACAUUUACAUGUAUUCAUUUAGCUGAUGCUUUUCUUCAAAACGAUGUAUAAUGUUAAGCUAC